CUCUCUCGCGCUCCGUCGUCCGAGGCUUCUGCCCCUAACAAAGAUGGCUGCCCACUCUGCCUUACCCCGCCCUUCAGCAGGUGUCAAAUACGAGACUCUUUCACUUUCGAGUCACUGUUGACGGGAGAUGGCGCCGAUUCCGAAGACUGUGGGGCGGAUCAAGCUAGAUUGCCCUCUGCGGCCUGGCUGCCCGCUGGGGGUCGCUGCUGUCCCCAAACUCUGCAAGGAAUUCGGUCCUGAGGACUACGGCGAAGAGGACAUAGAGGAUUUUCUUCGACGGCUUGUGGAGAGUGAUCCCCAGGGCCUGCACCAGAUCCGUGUGGAUGGGAGCAGCGGGCGGCUGCAGCUGUGGCACCAUGAUUACCUCCUGAACCGUUUCCAUGACGAGGGGAAAACGACUGGACAGAGUGAUGACAGGGGCAAGAGGGCUGAGGGAGUGGGCACUUACUGUGGUCUCCAAAAGUCCUUCCUCUACCCUCCCCAAGGGUCUAAGCCCUGCCCUCAAAGCCCCUCUGCCUCGGCAUCCUUCCCCAGUGGUUCAGACAGCCUAUUCCAGGUGGCCAUGCCCCAGAAGCUCCUGCUGACUGAAGAGGAAGCCAACCGCCUGGCUGAGGAGCUGGUGGCUGAGGAGGAGCGCAUGAAACAGAAAGCAGAGAAGAAACGACUCAAGAAGAAGCGUCAAAAGGAUCGAAAGCGACAGGAGCGCUUGGAGCAGGCUGGCGGGGAGACCAAGGCCAAGAUAACCUCAGAUGGGGAUGGGAGCCCCCCAUCCAGCCCUGGGAACCCAGCUCCAGGACAGUGUGGUGAGGAAGAGGACUCACUGGAUCUAUCUAGCACUUUUGUGUCUCUGGCUUUGCGCAAGGUUGGGGAUUGGCCCCCCAGUGCCCGCAAAGAGAAGGGACUGAGCCAGGAGCCCCAAGGCAAAAGCCUGGGCCCCCAGGAGAAGAUGGGCCAAGAGGAAGGGAGCCUUCCAGGAGAAGAGAGCCCCAGGGAGAGUCCUAAAGCAGAGGCAUCUCCGGGACUGCUGGCAGCUGCCUUACAACAGAGCCAGGAGCUGGCAGAGUUGGGUACCAGCUUUGCCCAAAAAGGUUUCUACCGCAAGGCCGUGGUCCUCUUCACCCAGGCCUUGAAGCUCAACCCCCGGGACCACCGGUUAUUUGGAAAUCGCUCCUUCUGCCAUGAGCGGCUGGGUCAGCCGGCGUGGGCCCUGGCCGAUGCUCAGGUGGCCCUCACUCUACAGCCUGGCUGGCCCCGGGGCCUCUUCCGCCUGGGCAAGGCCUUGAUGGGACUGCAGCGUUUCGAGGAGGCAGCUGCUGUGUUCCAGGAGACUCUGAGAGGCGGGUCCCAACCUGAUGCAGCCCGGGAGCUCUACUCUUGCCUUCUGCAACUCUCUCUGGAUCAGCGAAGAGGAAUCCGUGCACCACCUCUGUCCACUGGGUUCCCCCAGCCAUUUCUCCACGCUGAGCUCAGUCGCCCUCGAAGCACUGCUCCAAGGGCCCCUGGCCUUCUGUCUCCACCCCUGCAUUAUCCUCCAUGUCACCCGAGCCAUUCCAACUGGCCCCUUCCCCAGACUCAGAGUGGAAGACCCCCUCCUCACCAGCUCCAGGACCCCUCAAAGGACUGGGGCAUCCUGGGACGUGGGCCCCAGCAUCUACCUCAGGCCAGAUGAAGGAGGACUUGACCCUCACAGGACAAGGCCAUGUGUGCACAGGGAUGAGAGACACUAUCUGGUGGCAGUUCACCACGUGUUUUGAGACCUUGUACUCUAAUACCAUAGUUAAGGACACCCCUGGCAGUCUUUCCUCUUGCCAUGGAGACUUUCUGAUGAGAGAAAGGAGCCAUGCAUCCACUGAAACAGCCUUUCUUUGGUUCUCAAGCAGAUGGCUUCUUUUGGGGACAGUAAGGAAAAAUAAAAAAAGGCUCAAGAAAGGAUCUGUACAAAAGUUCAGGUUUUCAGACUAUAACAGGCCCAGCAGAGGGGGCAUUUGGGGCUUGCUCUGCUUGUUGGCCCUGGGGGACUCAUUGGCCAGCCAGAGGUCUGUGCUCAGGAAUGGGGUCACAGUGAUGAGUGAGGCCCGAGUCCUGCCCCUCAGCUGGAUGGAUGCUCACCUCUUCCUAAUCCCAGUUCCUGCCCUGUUUUCUCCAGCCCCAGCUCCUUCUGCCCUGUUUCCUGUCCACAUUUCUAUGCACAUUCUGACCUCUCCUUUGCCCAGUAGUUGAUGCUCACCUCCUCCCACUGCUAGAAAAUUCACCAAGGCUUUUGCAUUUAGGAAGUCCCUUACCACCCACUGCCUGGAGCUGGCAGAGCCCAUACAUCUCCACACUCCCUCACUGCUGGUCUCCUGCUGAUAGGGCCUCAGCAGGUGCCCAGGCUGCUGCCACCUUGGCUAUGCUCUUUCUCUGCUCCAGCACUGAGCAUUGUAACUAGCCUUUCCCCAUGGGAAUGUACUCAGUUUUUCCACCAAGGGUCCCUGCCCCCAAAGAAGGCUAUAUACUUCCUGUGUAAGAAUCAUCAUCACCUUUUGGUUUCUCCUCUAAGAUCCUGGCAGCUGCCCCUGGCUGGUUCCUCCCUAGCCCUGCCUAGGACUCUCAGCUCAUUUAAAUGUGGAUCUGCAGGGGACUUUUAGGCCUCCCAGAAUGCCUUUCCCAGAGGAACCAUUCAUCACAAUGAAUGAUUCUUGCUGCCCUUUGGGUCUUGCUCAACACCAUUCACACCUGGAGACAGGAGGUACUGAAACACCUCCUUUAUAUAGGGCUUUCCCACCUCCUUUUAUUGUUUAUAAUUACAGGCCUCGUAGAUACACAUCUCAGGAUGAAGUCUGCCAUUACUAGUUGGGUCACUUUGGGCACGUCUCUCAAUGUCUGUGCCUCAGUUCCCUCAUCUAUAAAAUGGGCAAUCCCUACCUCACAGGGCUGUUGUGAGGACGGAAAGAGCAAGUGUGAGAAAAUACUCACCAAGUGCCUGGUACAGAGUGGGUGUUAAAUAAACCAAAUUUUAUCUGCAACUGUCCUACAUGUUCAUGAAUCCCACAGUGGGAAGAGAGAUGUAUGAGUGAAUUGCUGCUUAUUUCACAAAAUAAAGAGUUCCUGGGACUGUGGUUCUCAAAGUGUGGUCCCUGGACCAGCAGCAUCAGCCUCACCUGGGAACUUGUUACAAAUGCAGAUUCUCAGGCCCCACCCUAGACCUUCUAAGUCAGAAACUGCAGGAGUGGGACCCAGCUGUUUGUGUUUCAGUAAGCCCUCCAGGUGAUCCUGAUGCACCCUAACAUUGAGAAGCGGUGCCCUAGGACCUAGCAGAGGAGACGCCCAUCCAGAGGCCAUUUUGGUGGUACAGGUUUGAGUUUUGUUUAUCCAAGGCUUGAUUACAAGAGGUGGCAGCACUGGGCUAGAAUUUAGGAAGCUUCAAGUGGAGGGGGUUUGUGGCUCAGAGCCCGCUGACUGGACCCUGCCUUUCUAACUAGAAUUAUUUGCCCUGGGAGUUCUUUGCUUAUGCCUGGUUGGGGAGUGGAGUUCAGGAGAGGUGGUUAAGGGAUGAUUAUAUUACAGUGACUCCAUAAAAGGCCUGCCCAUCUGGCCUUCUUGUUCUGGGCCAAGAGGGUUACUUCUCUGCUUUGGGGACUCCAUUAGGGCUCCUGGCCCCUCAGAGAAUGGACACCCACCACUACUGUGUAGUAUCUUUGCUUUCAGGCUGAGCUGGCUCCUUGCUCUUCCAGCCUCUCGAAGAAAUGUCCCCUCCCCAGUACUUCUUAGCCUAUCCUGGAUUUGAAUCUUCUCCAAGAGCCACAGGACUCCUGACACCUGGACCACCGCCCCCCCCCUCCCCCGCUUUGCCCCACACUCACACCGCUAACUGGUACGGUUCUGACCCAGCAGCCUGAGUUCUGAGUCCCCAGAGCUGGAAGCAGAGUGAUCCCCCAUCCUGGUUUUCCUGGGACUG